GUUGGUACACCGUGCAGCGAUGCAAGCAAAAGGCACUGAUUGAGUUGUAAACAAAAACAAACCGAAUGACAGUUGUUGCGUGAUGUAGGAAAUUGCGGCAAUGAAUCUCAAUUGCUUUCAUUGCGUGCUGAUUUCUGAGAAUAUCCCAGCCUCUGUUUAAUAACUUGGCGCUUGUUGGAUACUUCAUCAUUAGCAUUAUUGAACACAGAGGCCUUAUUUGAUGAUACAGUGAAGAACACACCAUUGAUAGCCUUUUUAUUUUGCCAUGGCAUUGUCAAACCUCACAUUACUUAGUCAGAUUGCUGGCUACGUAAUCGCUUUAAUACUGUCAGUGUGUAUGACUGUGCCGCUGAGCAUGCACCAGGAUGAAUUUCGAGGGCAUUGCCUGUUGUUUUCCACUGGGAUUUGGCAAGAGGACGACGGACAGUUCAGUGUAGAUUGGGCCUCGCAGGCAUAUUGUAAUUACGGCAUUUUCGUUGGUGUGACGCUGUUUGUGACUUCAGCUAUUCAGAUUUAUCGGCUGUCGAUGUUCAUGUACAAGGGAAUCGACAGCUCAUUUGUAUCAGCAUUUGUCGAUGUUGUUACAAGUACAAUCUUGUGUAUUAUGACAAUCAUAGCUGCACUGAUGAUAACUCUGGGCUUUCUAGUAUGGUGUGAUGAAAUGACAAAAAGAUUUCCAUCGUGUGAGGUUGCUGCUGGAAAAGCAAUUGACAAAAAAGACCACAUUGAUACAACAGGUUUUCACAUUGAGAUGGGGACAGCACAGUUUGGAGCAUGGGCGUCAUGGGCAUGCUGGGUGGGGCUCGCUGUUUUAGCACUUCUAAAAAUGUGUCGUUACCACCAGAUUGAAAAUAUGAGAGUUAGUAUGUUCCGUGAACGUCAAAGACUGGUGAAUGAAAAUGCUGCUACUCUUGAUCGGACAGAUGACAAUGGAUCAAAGCCUUCCACAUUGUCUAGGGCAUAAUAUUUGUGAUGUAAAGCAGUUUUAAAAUGUGUUUAUUAAGAAUACUUUACUGCAACAAAUUUGUUAAAAGAUGUUCAUAAGUAAUGUUUAACACAAAAAUUGACACAAGUAGGCAGAGUAAAAUCAAAGACCUCGAGUAUUUAACAACUUGCACAGCAAUGUCAGUUAUAAACUCGUGUGAACUAGUUAGCCCCAAAAUUUGGACAUAACCCCUAGUAUGUUUAAAGAGUAUAAAAAAUAAGAAGAAUGAACAUAUCAUUGAGUAAAAGUGCAGUUGGAACAGUUUCAAUUUAGAAUUAGGAAAACUCCAGACAUAAUUAUAAAAAUGACACAGUUAUAAAACUAUCACUGGUUAUUUGUUACAUAAUUCAUGUCAUGCUAUCCAUGCUGAACUGAAUUGUUUGUUGGAGUACAGAAAAGAAUAAAGUUUGCUUUAAUGAGGCAAAAGUAACUGUGUGUGACAUAGAUAAUUUUCAGUGUUAAGCUAUUUUAAUAGGCUAACUAAUUUGAUAUCCUACAAAGUGUUUGUUCAUAUUUCAGUUUUUGUAAUAAACGUCUGAAAAUCUGUUA